AUGGGCCAGCAGCAGUCCAAGGGGAGCGGUGGCGUGGGUUCGGAUUCACUACAGUCGUACCCGUCCUUUGCUCGCUCUGACACCAAGGACUCCAGCCGGUCGAUCCGCGGUUCGAUCCGCUCGAAGAUCCCCGGCUCCAGCAGCAUCACCGGCAGCAGCAAGCCGGACAAGUACGAUAGUCCCCGAGCCUCCACGGGCACGCUCUCGCGCGCCGAGAACGGUCUGGGAGGAGACGCCGCCUCCGUCCGCUCCACGCCCUCGCGCUCCGGCCGCACCACUUCAGAUGCCUCUGCAGCCACCGCUCGAUCGGCGCUCGCGGGCGCUGAUGAUGACGAGCCGCCCUCGCCCGACGCCCCUAGACCGCCGCCGUCGCCGCCGCACUCGGCCUCGCUGGGCCGUGGCCACAACAAUGUCGAUGUCGCCCAGCGCACCGGCGAGGUCGGCAACGUCUCAGAGGCGCCCCCCACCGGCGCCGGCGCGUCGACGCUCUCCCUGAAACCAGGCGAGUCGAUCCUGGUCAAGAGAGAAAACAUGCUGAAUCCAGUGCUACGGGACCUCAAUGGCUCGUCGGCGUCAGACGUCGGCGUCAAUGGCUCGCCGGGCAUGGGCAUCGGCUCGCUUAAGUCCAUUGACGUCGACGACAUGAUCACCCGCCUGCUAGACGCUGGUUACUCCGCCAAGGUGACAAAAGCCGUGUGCUUGAAAAACGCAGAGAUCGUCGCCAUCUGUGCCGCUGCACGCGAGAUUCUGCUAGCGCAGCCUGCGCUGCUCGAGCUGUCGGCCCCAGCCAAAAUCGUCGGCGACGUGCACGGCCAAUACACGGACCUGAUCCGCCUCUUUGAGAUGUGUGGCUUCCCACCAGCGUCGAACUAUCUGUUCCUUGGGGACUACGUCGAUCGCGGCAAGCAGAGCCUAGAAACUAUCCUGCUGCUGCUGUGCUACAAGCUAAAGUACCCCGAGAACUUUUUUCUGCUGCGCGGCAACCACGAGUGCGCCAACGUUACUCGAGUCUACGGCUUCUACGACGAGUGCAAGCGCAGGUGUAACAUCAAAAUCUGGAAGACCUUUGUCGACACCUUCAACUGCCUCCCCAUCGCCGCCAUUGUGGCUGGCAAGAUCUUCUGCGUCCAUGGCGGCCUAUCGCCGAGCUUGUCGCACAUGGACGAUAUUCGCGGCAUUGCCCGACCUACUGAUGUGCCUGAUUACGGGCUACUGAAUGAUUUGCUAUGGAGUGACCCAGCUGAUAUGGAAGAGGACUGGGAGCCCAACGAACGGGGCGUAAGUUAUUGUUUUGGGAAAAAGGUGAUUAUGGACUUUUUAACGCGUCACGACUUUGAUCUUGUUUGUCGAGCACACAUGGUGGUGGAGGAUGGGUAUGAGUUUUUUAGUGACCGGAUUUUGGUUACCGUGUUUUCUGCGCCUAACUACUGCGGUGAAUUCGAUAACUGGGGGGCCAUUAUGUCGGUGUCUAUAGAGCUGCUCUGUAGCUUCGAGUUACUGAAACCACUCGACUCCAGCGCUCUCAAGAGCCACAUCAAGAAAGGUAGAAACAAGCGAAACAGUAUUUUGAACAGUCCACCUGCUCUUGUAUCCGCUCAAAGUUACUAG